AUGGGCCUUUUUUCCAAGAUAGGACCGCAGGCCACCACAUCCCAGGUGGCGUCCGAUGGCAGCAACUCCGAGAGCGAAUUAUCCGUUAUCCAUGAUGGAAACCUCGCUUAUGUCCAUCAGAAAGCCGAGAAUGGUGCCUCUGGCUAUCAGGAAGCCGUUGGCGCGCCUGUAGAGACGCAUUCGCCCCUGGGCUACCACGUCAACUGGCUUACAGUCAUCUUCCUCAACGUUAACCACAUGAUCGGCACCGGAAUCUUUUCUACGCCAGGUACAAUUCUUCGUUUGACAGGCUCCGUGGGUCUGGCUUUAAUAUACUGGGUCAUUGGCUUCAUCCUAGCUGUUGCAGGCCUCGGUGUAUACCUGGAACUCGUCAGCUUCUUUCCCAACCGAAGUGGUUCUGAGGUUGUGUGGCUCGAGCAGAGUUUCCCAAGACCUAAGCACUUCUUCCCGGUAACUUUUGCCGUUCAGUCUGUACUUUUGUCCUUCAGUAGCAGCAACGCGGUAGUGUUGUCCAACUACUUGUGGCGUAUGGUUGGGCGUGCGCCGGACCCAUGGGAGCUCAAGGGAGUAGCUAUUGCCGCAUACACAUUUGCCGUCAUCUGCGUCGUCGCGCACAACAGAUACUCGUUAUGGGCGAUCAAUGGAAUCGGAGCUCUGAAGGUACUACUGCUCGUCUUCAUCUCAAUAUCGGGCCUAGUCAUCCUCGGUGGUCACGUACCGCGUGUGGCGAACCCAGGCAUCAAUUUCAGAAAUGGCAACGGUAUGAGUGGAACUACGUCCAGCGGCUACAACCUCUCACAAGCCAUGGUUAAUAUCAGCUUCGCUUUCUCCGGAUGGCAGAACGCCUUCAGCAUGGCCAACGAGAUCAAGAAUCCUCUCCCAACCCUCAAGAAGAACGCUACAGUGUCGCUGUUAAUCGUCUUCAUCCUUUACUUCCUCUGCAACAUCGCAUAUUUUGCUGCCGUUCCUAAGGAGGUAUUUGUCAAGUCGAGCGAACUAGCCGCAAGUGUUUUCUUCCGCACUGCUUUUGGAUCCCGCGCAGAGUCGGCCCUCAACUUCUGUGUCUUGCUCAGUUCUUUUGGUAACCUACUAGCCGUCUUGAUCGGUCAGUCUCGGCAGAUCCGUGAGAUCGCGCGACAGGGUAUCCUUCCAUGGACGGAGUUCUGGGUAUCGACGAAGCCUUUCGGUACACCACUUGGUCCGUAUCUUCUGAAAUGGGUUUUCACCAUCAUCAUGAUCGUGGCACCACCAGCUGGCGACGCAUUCCAAUUCGUCGUUUCUCUGCAGUCGUACCCAAGUGCCAUGUUUCAUGUGGCUUUGGGCGCAGGACUCAUCUUCCUCCGCCGGCGCCGCGACCGAUCCGGUACUCCUCGAUCUGAUUUCAGGGCCUGGUGGGCUAUUAUCAUCCUUUAUCUACUCUCUCAGAUCUACCUACUGGUCAUGCCGUGGAUUCCCCCAGUGGGUGGCAUCUACGCUGGAACCGUCAGUUUCUUCUAUGCCACUUACAUGAUCACGGGGAUCGGGAUUCUCGGUGUCUGCGGUGCCUACUACUACAUUUGGAUGAAGGUCCUUCCUCGUUGGGGCAACUAUGCUAUCCGGUCGCAGGUAGUCAAUGUCGACGAUAAUGGUGCCAACACGCAUCGGCUGUUGCGUGUUCCCAAUGCCGAAGUAGCUGAGUGGGAUGCUAACCACGAUGAACUUGGUCGGGCGCUGCGUUAG